UGCUUAAUAAUUUUACCGGCUGAACGACCACUUUAUUUAUAUAAAUCAGUUAGAGAGCUUUUAGAAGCGUUUCGCAAUGCUAUUACGGGUUAUAAGUCACUUUUAGAGGAUAGGAAGAUGCUCUAUCGGGACAUUUCUGAAAAUAAUAUCAUUAUUACAACCCCUGUUAGUAAAGGAGUCCCGAAAGGGAGAUUAAUUGAUAUGGACUUAGGAAAAGAGUUGAAUUGCGUGCCUAGUGGAGCUAGUCACCGGACUGGAACCACACAGUUCAUGGCAAUCGAGGUACUUCAAGGCAAGGGCCACACUUAUCGGCACGAUCUUGAGUCUUUUUUC